AUGCAAGCACGGGUGGCCGGACGACCAGUGCCGCUGCCUGCCGGGCGAGAUCUGCUGUGUGCUACUGCUAUGCGAUCAACGUCUAUCCUUGCAUACAAGAAGCAACGUGGCAUGCAGGACGUGGAAACGGACGAAGCUGGAGAUUAUGUGACAUGUCGGACGUCGAAGAUGAGUCGUCGGCUGAACAAGCGGUCAGCUGGUUGGCUGGUUGCCUGCACAGGCUCCGACAUGGUCGCUUCGAUCAUGGAAAUCUACGGCGGUGAAAGCCUAACCCAGCGAGCAGCAUUCGUCGCGAAAAUUCGGGAGGCAUACCCUACGGUACGGACAGUUUUCACGACGACGCGUGCCACUUGA